AUGCUGAACAACACCUCGUCCCCUGAAUUCAUCCUACUGGGCUUCUCUGGAUUCCAGGAGUUCCGGAUCCUGUUGUUCUUCAGCUUUUUGGUAGUCUACCUCUUCAUUCUCCUUGGCAAUGCCUUGAUCAUUCUCCUCUCAAAUAUGGAUGUGGCUCUACAUGUCCCCAUGUACUUCUUCCUGAGCAAUUUCUCAUUCCUAGAGAUGUGCUACACCUCAGUCACAGUUCCCCGGCUGCUGGGGGACUUUCUCACUGGCCCUCAAGCCAUCUCCUUGCAGGCUUGCAUCACCCAGAUGUAUUUCUUCUUCUCGCUUGGUACCACAGAAUUUUUCCUCUUGGCUAUUAUGGCCUAUGACAGGUACUUAGCCAUCUGCCAGCCACUGCAGUAUCCUGUGCUCAUGAACAACCAUGUCUGUGCUUGCCUAGCCUGCAGUUGCUGGCUGGGGGGCUUCCUGACCCCCUUCUUGCCCAUAGCCUUCAUCUCCCAGCUCCCCUUCAAUGGCAGCAACCAGAUCAACCACUUCUUCUGUGACACGAGCCCCUUAAUUAACUUAUCGACUGGAGACACCUUCAUGGCUGACACAAUGGUCUUUCUUGUGUCUGCAGUGAUUGUGCUUGUGUCCUUUCUCCUGACUUUGACUUCUUAUGCCCUGAUUGUUUCUACCAUCUUAGAUCUCCCAUCUGCUUCUGGGAGGCACAAGACCUUUUCCACAUGUGCCAGCCAUCUCACGGUGGUCACCAUCUUCUACAGCACUGUCAUCUUCAUGUACCUCUGUCCACAUUCCGGUCAGACUUCUGAACUGGAAAAAGUGGUAUCCGUGUUCUAUACUGUCAUCACCCCAGUGCUGAAUCCCAUCAUCUAUACCCUCAGGAACAGAGAUGUGAAAAAAGCCUUGGGAAAGGUUCUCAACCGUGUGAAGAACAUGUGUCUGAAGAACACACAGAGAACUGCCCUUAUUGUAUUGUCAUGA